AUGAUGAUGCUUACAGGUGCGGGUGCCAAGUGCUCAGCCAGACUGGUUUGGGCAGACUCCGAGGGCAAGCUCAAGCUCCCCAUUGUUGGGGAGGGCAAGGACGGCAACGAUGUUCGCAUUCAUCAUUUUGCCUAUAUCGAUUUCCUUACGCCCGGCACGCCAUUGCCCGCGUUGAAGCAUGCGCCUGCUGCUGCCAAGGCCGUUCCCACAGGCGAAGCCACGACUACCAUGCGCAUCGUCUUCGGCAAGCCUUUCUUGGAAACAGCAGAUUGGGACAGGGCCUCUUCGGCUCCGAAGGCUGCCGUCCAGAGAUGGGUGCGGGGCACUUUGAAGAGUGAUCUGCAUGGGGUUGUCAAGGACGCUUGGGGCUUCGCCCAAGAGACUCGCUUGGGCUCCCCGGCUGUGGUGGGCUUGGUUCGUGUUCCGGUCAAGGCGGUGGAGACGCUCCUCAGCUUCUCGGGCGUCAAUGGCACCUUCUUGGAGCCUGCAGGGCGAGACCACAACGUUGACUGCACUGUUCAGUGGUUCGAUACUGAGGCGCAAGAGUCCUGGCCGGAGGCUUUCAAGCGAUCGCUUGAAGCCGCUCCUCGCUUUGGCGCCUUCAUAGGCAAGCGCCAGAUCGGCCUGCGCACUGAGGCAAGUGCGAGCUCUGGCAAAGGAUUUGUGCGCUACUUUUCGCUGCAAGGCACACCUGUUGAGUGGAGCGAUGGCUUGGUCUCCAUGCUUGUCCAGGGCAUUGAAGAGGCGGCAGUCAUCAGAAAGACAUUGAAGAAAGGAAGGGCUCACUGGCUCAUCAAAGCCAAAGUGGCCCACACUGAUGCCGAUGCUUUUCAGAUUUUCGUGAAGGAGGGCGAGGGCGAGACUAGCUACUGGAUGCUCGCUUCGCGACCUGGGUUUACGAGGGCUACCAAACCCAUCAUCGACCGGAAGCCCUUCAUCUUCGGCAAGGCGCCGCUUGUUCAGCAGGGCAACAAGCCGGAGUCAAAGCAGGGCGAGGGUGGCUCUGAGGAGCCCCCCAACAAGAAGCAGGCUCUUUCGGAGAAGUUGCGCCUCAUCCCCGAUGGUGUCAAGUUGCAGGCCGUUGACCGAGACGGGAAUUGCUUUUAUACUGUCAUCGGUCAGGCCCUGGGGCGGCUCCGCAACGAGCCCGCCCUGCCUGCCAACCGUGUCCGUGCAGAGAUUUGUGCGCAUAUGCGCAAACACCAGUCGUCGUAUGAGCCAUUUUGGAGUGGGCAGGAUUCUUUAGGCAAUGAAAUUGACAGCUUUGCCGAGUACAUUGAUCACAUGUCUGAGAACGGACGAUGGGCAUGCAGCCUUGAAGCCUACGGGGCCUCCAAGGCUUACAAAGUUGCGGUUCAUAUCAUCCCAGCGCCGAUGCGGCUUGCCAAGGCUGCAUACAACACCAGCGCUCGUGAUCGCAUCGCUCUUUGGUUUACUGAGAACCCAGGGCAUUUCGAUUGGUUGUGCCCCGUUGAAGGCAAUACCUUGCCUGACGCGCUGUGCAUGGGCCAUGCUGAGGGCCACGUCACCGACUUUCCUCGUGGCGGCGGUUCCCAGGGUGCUGGUGGCGACGACUUCUCCGAGAAGACGGUCUUCACCGAGGUGGUCGUGGCGAAGCAGGAGGCGGCGGAGUCCACGGUCUUUACGCACGUUCCGACGAGGAGGGCGCAGUGUUCGGGCGAGGCGCGUGCUUCUGGCAGUGGCGAAGUGAGCAGGGCAGCUUCGGAAUUUACGUGCUUCACCGCGAGGCCGAAAGACAUCCGCAGCUACCUGUUUGCAGCGAGGAAGGCGGGCACUGAGGCUUUGACAGGGCAGCGGACGACGGCUACCUCUUCCCUGGGUUCCACCACCGAGGAGCAAGCUGUAGUUGAAGAGGUGCCUGAGCCUCCGGAGCCUGUGGCGCCGCAAGGGCGCAAGCGGUGUGUGAAGUCUGCGCGCUCCGGCUGGAAGUGCCCGGAGUGUGGUUGGAAGGCUACGGGCAGGCUUUGGGUGCAGCGAAAGCAAGCCCACGUGGACAACUACCACCCUGACCUCAAGGCGGAACUCAACCUGAAGACUGCGGCGCUGUGUGUGGUCCUUUACAACCAAGCAACCUGCUGUUGGAAGUGUCCAGUUGAUGGAUGCGACAUGGGCUUGCCAGCUACAGAAGCUUCCAAAGACGCGAGGAGGCUGGCCCGACUGCGACACAGAGAGGAGACUCACCCGGAGGCCCCUAAAGCCCUUUUCCGCCUGGCGCGAGACAGGGCCACAAAUGCUCGGAAGGCUACGACUGCCAAGCUCAGUGCAGGGGUUGCUCGGCGUCUUCACCAAGUUCGCGCUGGCAUGGCUGGAGAGCACGACGUCGUGUUCGUGAAGCUGCCGCCGACGAGGGGGACCAAGAAGGGCAAGACGAGGAGGGCUGUGACGCAAGUCGUGUGCAAGCGGCACACACUGCUGGUGCGAAGCGCCCCGCUCUUCUCAAGCGGCUGCGAACGACGCUUGGAAGAGGGCUCACUCGACGAGGGCGUGCAGUCUGACGUCCGCUACCUCUUGCAGUUGCUGGAGGAGACGGACGAGGGCCCUGUUGCAAAGCACGCGCUGUGCGCUGUGGCAUGGCCGUUGGUGGGAGGUCGCUUCGAGGUCCGCUUUGUCUGCAAGACGUGUGGCGGCUCUUGGACGCGGCAGCGCGACGUGGAGGGCAAGGACUGCAAGCCGAGCAAGCGGCGAGCCAUCCGGGCCAAGGUUGCGGAGCUCAAGGGCAUCCAGAAGGACGGGGGCAUUGCGGGCGAUGCGGCAACGACGGUCUUGAAGUUGAUCGGCGAGAACGGAGGGGGCACGGCGGAGGACCAAGCUGCUGUCGACGAGCUGGAGACCAAGCUCACGACGGAGGGUCUCCACGCAAUGAGGCAAGCUUUUCACGCGAAGGGCUGGCGUCUUCUACCUGGCCCUCUCGCCUACGACUCCGAGGGCAAGGCCUGUGGUGGUGUGGCUAUCGUUUCCGACUGGCCGGUGGAGAUGGUGACGGUCCCUGUGGCGGAGAGCUUCAACACUCGCGUUAUGGCGGUAACGGCCCACCGCCCCAACCAGCGGCCACUCCUCGUCAUCUGCGGCUACCUGCCUGCCAAUGACGAGGAGCUCAACCGGCACAUCGCGUCAACGGUGCUUCGAUGGGCAAGCACUACCGGCGAAGACUUCGUGUUCAUGGCGGACUGGAACCGAACUCCUAACCAGCAGCCUUUCUGCAACCUUUUGGCGGGCGGCCUUGUCUACGCCAUGGACAACGACCCGUUCUUUGAGACGCAGGGCACUCACAGACGCGCGGACGGCACGUACACGGGCAGGCUUUUGGACUUCGGGCUCUCCUCUGCGGGCUUGGCGGUGGACGGCCGAGCUCAACAUCUCGGCCCUGCAGACCACGACCUCGUGACCUACGACGUUGGACUACAGAGUGGCAGACGUGGCUGGCGUUGGCAACCGCAACGAGCUUUGGACGCGAACGCGCCGGUGGACUGGGACAGCUGCUGGGCCCCUCACGACGAGCGCUUCUGGGCUUUCCUUGGCAACGCAGACACGGACUCAGCUUGGCGACUUCUCCAGUGA